AUGCCAUGGGGCAACAUACCAAGGCCCCGGUCUCGAUGCUAUGCCUGCGUAGUCUUAAAUAGAGGAUGUAAUUCACAGUGCAUCUUUGCUCCUUACUUCCAUUUUGAGGAUGGUAUUUCUCAUUUUGUCGCCAUCCGUGAUGUCUUUACUGUCAAGAAUGUCGUCAACAUCCUAGCUCUGCUUCCGGUCAACGACCGAUUUUGGGCUUCUGAUACACUCUUCUUUGAAGCUCAAGCCCGGCUUCAAGAUCCCGUCUAUGGCUGUGAUUUACUAUUUGCAUAUUAUUCUUCACAUUCCCAACCUGUUCCUCAACCUGAUAAAAACCCGAGUUGGAAUUUCGAUCUUCCUAUCAUUCCAAAGGAUGUCCCUCAUCCCAGUUUCUCAGAGGCUGCUCUUCCACCUUACCCUGGUGAAGCCAGCAGUAGCCAGAUGCCACCCCCAGAUGACAUCAAUGAGCUGGGAGCUGUUGUGUUUGGCAACCGUUGUCCUCACUAA